AUGAUCCGUUUAUUUAUUUAUUUUUAUGAAUGUGUUUACAAGUUCUAGAAAUCUGUAGGUAUAAAAUUAGACACUAAAUUCAUAUAUGGCAUUUUACUCGUUUAUUGCCUGCUUAAUUAAUCUUGUACUUCGCUUGUGUUAAUUUAAAAAAAAUUUUAUUGCAGCUAAAAUUCCAUUUUUAAGUACCUCCCUGUAGGACCACUAGAUUGGAGGAAAUAAAUAUACAAGGCAUGAUUUUAAGUAAGUACCAAUUUGAAAUUCUACUACUGCAGUCAGUGCCCCAGGCUUGGCACUGUCUAACUACAACUGUUAGCAAGACACAGACGCAAAUACUGCAAAUAUCCAUCGUUUUUACAUCUAUUAAUGUUUAUGUCAAAUGCCCCUAUCAAUUGAGCAUCCCACCAACUGUGAAGUACGAGCUGUUAUUUGUUUUUUUGAUGCCAAAGCUGUGAAAGCAGUUAAAAUUCAUCAGUGUAAGGAAAAACAUGAGGGAAGAAGUGGUAUCAAAGGGGUAAGAGCUUUAAAAGAUGGGUGAAAGAAUGUUCAUGAUGAGAACGUAGUGUACAACCCUCCAUGAUCACCAAUGGUUUGAUGCUGAAAGUGAAUGAUGAUGUGAAAGUGACCAGAUAUUUUACAAUUAUCAGAGUUUCCUCAAGUUUCAAGAAGUGUUCCUUUGGAAUUUUUAAACUAUAGAAAAAAAAAUGUUAUGCUAUAUGACAAUAUCCAUCUGCAUGUGACAAAAGGAACACCAGAUCUCAUCACAGUAUUUUGUUAGGAACUUGAUAAUCUCUCAAACAGCUUGGAUUUAGCGCCCAGUGACUACCAUUUGUUUUAUCACCAGAAGAAGCAUCUUGGAAGGUCAGCCCAGCAAGGAUGACAAUAGCAACAAAAAGAUUGCAAUGCAGUCACUGUUCAAUCAGGCAGGUUGUUUUUGGAUAUAAUAAAUGCCUUAAUAUUGAUGGACGUUAUGUAGAAAAGUAUAUAAUAGUGUGUGGGCUUUCUUAAAAGAAUAAAAUUGUCACGAACAUUUUUGCUUGACAAUUUAAUAUCUCAAAACGGUACUUAUUUGAAAAACAUGCCUUCUACUAGUAACUAGUUCAAACUAUUAAUUUUUAAAUAGUUGUUAGGGACAUAGUUGCAAAGUACAUGAUACUUGCGAGGAUAUGGUAGAAGAAACUUAUAGAACUUAAGAAUGGGAUCCACAGUUUUUACAAAAAUCCUGUAUUUGAAUGCACAAGAUUACAAAAAUACAAGACUGUUCUAUUCCCCCUCCAAGAAAUAUGAUUGAUGGGUUUGGCUUCCAAACUCAGAUCUUGUGUACACUACUGAUUUGCUGUUAUAUAAGAGCUAAAGUUUCCAAACAGAUUGCAUUACAUGUUAUUCAAAGAAUAUAAAGCGAAUAUAUCAUCAGGAAACCACUCUCUCGCCAAUAUGGGAUUAGCCGAUUACAAAGGAAUAAUUGGAACAGCUGCAAGUACGGCUUCUUUCAUUCUCCUUCUAUCUCCAUCGAUUCUCUGUUUGAAAAUAUGGAAGAACAAAUCUUCAAAGAAUGUACCAUUCCCUCCACUAAUGGAAGCAAUGGCCAGGAGUAUCCUCAUGUUUCAGCAGGGACUUGUCAUGGGGGUUUGGCCAAUCGUUGUCACUCACUCCAUUGGUCUACUGCUCAACCUGUGUUAUUUAACAAUAUACCUCACCUUCACCAAAGAUAAGGCAGAGGCUCAAAAGUGCAUGCUACGAUGGUCAACCAUAUUGGUACCAUUAACAGCUUAUACACUCUACGAGGACAAGUCGCUGUUGGAAGCUAGGUUUGCCACAAUUGUAACCGCUGUUACAAUAAGUCUAAUGCUGUACCAUCUUUAUGCUGUUAAAUACGUGAUCGCAUCAAAGAGUACAAAGGACCUGCCAUUCCCGAUAAUAGUGUCAGCGCUCUGUGUCACGUUUCUGUGGACGUUGUACGGCAUUGCGAUAAACAAAGUAGCUCUCCAGGUUCAGACCGGUUUUUCAUUCUGUGUUUUUGCAUUUGAGCUAAGUCUGUUUGCUAUCUAUCCAAGCAAACCGACAUCAGAGUCGGAGCAGAAGUCUGGUGAAACCUCGGAUUCUAAGAAAGAAAGUUAAACUGUUUGUAGUUUUAUUGUUCAUUUUAUUAAAUUUUUUAUUUUAUA